AUGAGGUCACCCAUUCUACGCACCGUAUCCAUAUCUUCAGCGACUUCCACCUUCGCGCCACGACUCCCCCGGGCCUGCAUUGUUGCCAAAUGGCUCCAAUCGCGUGGCUAUCAGGAUGGACCAUCUCCAUACGCGAGAGGGCACAACAUCCCGCUUCGCAAGCACUUGAAAGAGCAAGCCAAGGCAGAGAAGGCGGGAUCAAAGCGCAAGAAGGCUGAAGAGAAGGCCGCUGCAAAGCACCCGCCCAGAGCGGCAGCAGAAACAGAGCGAUGGGAGCUCACAGUAGGCAUCGAAAUCCACGCCGAGCUCAACACCGCAUGUAAACUGUUCUCUUCCGCUCCAGCAGCGGCAGCAGACAGCCAUGCCCUUCCCAACACCAACGUCGCGCCCUUCGACGCCGCAUUACCCGGAACCCAACCGCAGUUCCAGGUCGCGACUCUCCUCCCCGCCCUGAGAGCCGCAAUAGCACUGGACUGCGACGUCCAACGAACAAGCGGCUGGGAUCGCAAACACUACUUCCACUGGGACCAGCCGAACGGAUACCAAAUCACGCAGUACUACCAGCCCUUUGCCAAGGACGGCCGGUUGCGCCUACGAGCUGAAGAUGGAGUGCCCAAAGAGGACCUCAACGGGGCAGAGGAAAUCGAGAUUGGCAUCAAGCAGAUACAGAUGGAGCAGGAUACGGCGAAAACUACGAACCACCCGCCUUCGACGUAUCACGUGGAUUUGAACAGGGCUGGACAUCCUUUGAUUGAGAUUAUUACGCUGCCGCAAAUCCAUUCACCGCAGGCUGCCGCUGCGGUCGUGAGAAAGAUACAGGGGGUGUUGAAGAGCGUGGAUGCUUGCGUGACCGGUAUGGAGCUUGGAGGUCUGCGCGCGGAUGUCAAUGUGUCGGUGCAGAAGCAAGGCGCGACCGGUUCUUCACAGUAUAGUGGAGUGACGGGAUUAGGGCAGCGCACGGAGAUCAAGAAUUUGUCGUCGUUCGUGGCGAUUGAGAAUGCUAUUGUUGCUGAGCGGGACAGGCAGAUCUCGGUACUGAAGGCGGGAGGAGUGAUCGAAGGUGAGACGAGAGGAUGGACGCUUGGUGCCACGGAAACUACCCGAUUGAGAGGCAAGGAGGGAGAGGUGGAUUACCGGUACAUGCCUGAUGCCGAUCUUCCGCCAUUGCGCAUUGGCAGCGACCUGGUGGCUCAUUUGAAGGAGACGUUGCCGGAGCUACCAGACCAGACGGUGGAAAGAGUGCAGAAGGUAUAUGGCUUAAGCGCAAAAGACGCCAAAACUAUCGCCAGUCUCGACGACGGCGACCGACUGGAGUAUCUCGAAGAGACCGUCCAAUUGCUGUCCGCUCGAGUAGGUCCAGGCUCCGACUUUCGCGCCACAAAACUUGGAAAAACUGUCGGCAACUGGAUCCUCCACGAGCUCGGUGGCCUAAUCACCACCUCCGAGUCAACCUGGCAGGACUGUCGCGUUUCCGAAACGGAACUUGCGGACCUCAUUGCCAACGUGCUACAACGACACAUCACCUCCCGGACCGCUAAACAACUUCUCGCUACUCUCCACAAUCACCCUCCCGACUCCGACCGCCCGAGCGUUGAGCAGUUGGUCGAAGAUGGUAAUCUUCGCCUCCGACCACUUUCUGAGGAAGGCUAUGUGCAACUCGCGGAAGAAAUCAUAGCAGAGAAUCAGGAUCUGGUCAAGGCGGGUAAGGGGGGUUGGAAGAAAAGCAAGACGAUGUGGUUUGUAGGGCAGAUGAUGCGCAGGGGGGAGGAGGGGACGGUGGAGCCGGAAAAGGCAAGGGAGGUUGUUGAGAGUGUAUUGGGGGUUGGGGAGGAGGAUGGCAAAGAGAAAUGA